CUUUUCAAUUACUCUGCUUUUUAACUUCCCCAUAAGGUGUGUGUCACUGCGUGUAUUCUCUCUCUUACUCACCUGUUUUCCUGCUCCGAAGGAUUAUAAAAGAAAAGAACUAAAAGUAACUAUUAGUAAUUUCAAAAUGCCGUCUUUGGCAAUGCCACUGAUAUUGGUCUUCCUAGCCUGCUUUUCAUUGCAGACACUUGCUGAUUGUCCUAAUCAAUGGCUGAAAUAUGGUGAAUCCUGUUACAAUUUCAUCAUGAAUUCACCGAAAACCAUUGACAUGGCUAAAGAAGAAUGUAGUAAAUAUGGUGCUACACUUGUCAAUGUCAAUUCAGGAGGAGAAAACAAUUUCCUGACCUCCUACUUCGGUCAGAAUAAACUAACUGGAUUUACCUGGUACACAAGUGGUGAAUACCUAGGAAACAAUAAAUUCCGUUGGAUCGGAGAUGGACAAGAUAUAAACAACAAAGAAAUGUUUUGGGUAAAUGAUGCUGUGAAAAACAGUACAGGAAGAUUUAUUACUUAUAUUUAUCAUGAUGGCAAAUACAGUUGGAUCCGGGAUGAUGGGCAGACACUACGUUCUAGUAUCUGUGAAAUUCCUGAAAAAGAAAGCUACAGAAUUUAUAAUCAACACAGAAACUUUGAUUAUGGACAACAUUUGAAAGACAUGAAUAAUAUUCAGAGAGGACCAAAAACAAAAAGGGAACCAGAGAAUGUCCUAGCUAUAAUGUAUCCACCCAGAACCUAUAUGGAGUUUACUGCAUUUGGUAACCCACCACCAGUCUACAGCUGGUACCGUGAAAGUACUGUAUUAAGUUCCAGUCUAGACUCUCGCUACACACUUACUAAUGGAAGAUUGACAAUUUCCCCGCCUAAACGAGGAGUAGAUGACACCUACUAUCACUGCUUGGCUUCUAACAAUUAUGGCAAAAUUAUGAGCCAAACAGUACAGUUUACAUUUGGCUUUCUUGGAGAGUUUUUGAAUACGCAACGAGAGGGUGUGGUUGCUAAUAGUUACGAUGGAACAUAUUUGCAAUGUAAACCACCAAAUCAUAAUCCAGCUCUCCGUUAUCAGUGGGCUUUCAAUGACAGCAUAAAUUUUGUUCGCCCUGACAAGAAUUCUUAUCUUUUCAUUUCUCAUAAUGGUAACCUGUAUUUCUCAGAGGUAACUCAAACUGAUGCAGGCAGUUAUUUUUGUAUUGUGGCAUUGGCUAGUCCUGAUGAUUACAAAGAUUUCAGCAACACACAAAGCAUGCUUCGAACUAGCAUGGCUAUACAGUUAAAAAUUAAGAAUAAAGAGACAAGUGUGACACUUGAUGGUGACAAGUGUGACACUGUUGAUAAUGACAAGUGUGACACUGUUGAUAAUGACAAGUGUGACACUGUUGAUGAUGACAAGUGUGACACUGUUGAUGAUGACAAGUGUGACACUGUUGAUGGUGACAAAUUCCCUGAGCAACCAUUGGAAGGAGAAUCUAUCUACAUUGAAUGCUUUGCUUAUGGAACGUAUACUCUUCAUUAUACUUGGUCUCGACUUGGUAAAGAAAUGCCAAAAUAUGUUCAGUACGAGAACCACAAAAGAGUACUGAAAUUUCCAAAGGCCAAUGUAAGUGAUAGUGGAACAUACAGCUGCACAGUAAUUAAUGCAUAUGGAUCAGAAACUGCAACAGUUAACCUGGAUGUAAAAGUCAGGCCACAUUUUAAAACUGAACUGAAGGAUCAGCUUUUAGAUAUUGGAAGUCAGUUAACAUGGCAGUGUGAGGCUCAUGCUAAACCAGCAGCUGUCUACGCAUGGUACAAAAAUGGUGAACCAAUGAAAUCUGUAAAUGGAAAGGUUAUUGUACACAACAAUGUCAUGACUAUUCUUAAGAUUUCAAAAGAUGAUGAUGGCAUGUAUCAAUGUAAAGCUAAAAAUGAAUAUGGUUCUGCACUCUCAGCUGGUCAGUUGAGAGUUUUAGAAUUGAAGCCAGAAUUCUGGAGCAACCCUUUGCUACCCACUACCUUAGCAUCUGUACAAGGAAAUGUUACCUUACAAUGCAGGCCUGAAGCAGCUCCAUACCCAACCAUAGAGUGGUUUAAAAAUGGCAUGUCCCUUGGAUUAACCGCAGGUUCUACAAGUAACCGAUACACUUUAUAUCACAAUGGAAACCUUCUUAUAACUGAUAUAACCUCUGGUGAUGCUGGCAGAUAUAAAUGUGAGGCUACAAACAGGUUGGGAACUGCUUCAACAGAGACUGAGCUUUCAGUGAAAUCGAGUACUGUAAUUAGUAUAAAACCAAGAAACACAAAGGUAAUAUUCAAUGAAACUGCUGUUUUAAAAUGCCGUGCUUCAUACCCUAAAGACUUGGAUGUUGUUUAUACCUGGUCCUUCAAUGGUUACGAUAUUCAUGUGAAAGCUGGUGAUCACUAUGGAACAGGUGAAGGAGAUGAUAAAGGAGACUUAUACAUCAAAAAUGCUGGAUUCAAACAUGCAGGACAAUAUUUAUGUCAGGUGAAAACAAUCAUUGGCACAACAAGCACAGGUGCCUACCUCACAGUCAUUGGGCCACCUGGACGACCUCAAGGAUUGGCAGCUGAAAAAGUGUUGAAUCAAAAGGAAAGUCUGCAAUUAGCCUGGUUUGAUGGUAGAGACAAUGAUGCUCCAAUCACUUAUUAUAUUAUAGAAUACCAAACAAAUUUCAGCAGUGUUUGGGAUUUGUUUGGCUCUGUAAUUUCUAGACAUUUGGUUGAAGUCAGUACUGAAAGUGGUCAACUCAAAACUAUCAUACAUGGUUUAAUUCCUGCUGUUAGCUAUCGGUUUCGUAUGGGAGCUAUAAACAGUUAUGGAACUGGAGAAAAAAGUCUUCCUACAAGUAAGUUACAAAUUUCUUUGUCAUUCAGUGUUCUUUUGCAGCCACUUUUACACCAGGACCAUAAUGGUAAGAACUUUGGCUAUCGGGUCUAUUGGAGGAAGAAGCGAGAGGAAUUUAAACCAGAACAUAUUUGGUCAGUUACCAAUGUAUCUGGAUCUACCACAAAGCUGGUUGUUCAGAUUGAGUCACAGAACUAUUACACACAAUAUGAAGUCCAGGUUCAAGCAAGAAAUAAUAUUGGUAUGGGGCCGAAUUCAACAAUAGUCACUAUAUAUUCAGCCGAAGAUUUACCAGCAAUUACCGUGACAAAUGUAAAGGGGUAUGCUUACAAUGCCACAGCUAUCAAGGUAACUUGGAACCCUGUAAAAGAAGACAGGAAGUCAUUAAAAGGAAAACUACGGGGAUAUAAGAUAAAGUACUGGAAAUCAAAUUUAAAUGAGCUGAGAGCUAUUGAAGCUAUACAUUAUGGACAAGCUGAGGAGGCUCUAUUAAUUGGCUUACUACCCAACAACUACUAUGACUUCCGAAUGAUGGUGUUUAACAGUGCUGGAUUUGGACCAAUCAGUGACAAAUACUUUGCUAAAACUUAUCAUAAACCACCGAACGACUAUCCAACUGAAGUAAAGAUCCUACCGCUCGGUUCUAAUUCUUGUAUUGUAACGUUUAGAGGUGUUAGCACCAAGAGUGAUGAGGAACCACUGCAAGGGUAUUUGGUCAAAUACUGGUUGGUAAAUGAUGAUAUCCGACAGGCAAUGCAGGUAGAUUUGGGACGUGAAGUUCAAGGAGAAAUCAGAAAUUUGAGAAAAGCGGUUGUAUACAACCUACGUGUCAUUGGCUAUAGCCGUGGGGGUGAAGGAGCAAAGAGUUCACCUGUCACUCAGUUUACGAUAACAAAAGGUGGUCAAGUGCAAGGGGAUAUGUAUAAUCCCCUGACAACCCAUGCUCUGCUAGCUGGCACUUCCAGGACAACUUUCGCAUUAACAAUGUGCUGUUUAAGUAUACUACUAAGUCAACUUUACACCCUCUUUCUUAUCUGAUCAGAUUCAACACAAACAUAGUCUUAGAAUUAAAACCUGAUGAAGCAGUUUCAAAGACUUUAGAACUGAGUGACAUUAGCUCUUUUGAACUAUAACUCUUGUACUGUACAUAUUUUUUAUCAUGAUUUUAUUUUAAAGUUGGACAUCUCUUCUCCAAAGAAUUUUUAGCAUCCGCCAUAUUGACGAAUUGGUAUUGUAGUGUGGAUGCCAACAAAGACUAUAAUUAUGGCUUGGCUCUGAAAUUAAAAUACCUUUCUGAUAUUGAAGAAUGACAGUAAUUAUUUUAAAAUUUUGAUAAAACCUAUUGUGUCUUGGUGUGUGUUAAAUUUAAAUCUGAAGAGGGGAAAAAAGACAAGCAAAAACAAACUCUGUAAGACCUCUUUAUGUAAAUAAUUACUAUAGAUUUUUAUAUCUGUUACAUUUUAAAAUGUUACCAUCUUAACUGUAGUAUCAAAUCAUAGAACUUCAAUACCUCAGCUUCAUACCUUAUCAAUGAUUUUAUUUCAAUCAAUAUUUUAUCUAGUUCUUUAUUAAUUUUUUUGCUUAUGUUUGGAUUUCUUUUAUUCUUUUUGGUCAGCCAUAAGUAAUUUCUUUUUUCCUUCUGUCUCUCCUAGAAGUAAUGUCAGUGUAAGUUUUGAACUCCUGUUUUUUGGAUCAGAAUUUCUAAGCUCUUAACACUAUGUCAGCAUAUUUCGUAUAGAACAAUGAGUACUCUCCUAUAUAUUAUGAGAAUGAAAAAUAUGUAGCCUUUUAACAACAUCAUUUCUUUUUACAAAAACUUUUAGAGAUGAACUCAUUCAAUCACGUAGGAAUAGUUCUGUGUUUGUGUGUAUAUAUGUGUGGAUGUAUAUAUAUUUGUGUUGUGCAUGUAUGUAUAAAGUUAUGCAAGUGAAUCAAGAGCCAAGAUUUUAUUUUACUUACCAAAAAUUUGCUAAGUGCAAAUGCACCAAAAUUUUGACCCUUGUCACACGCAUACACACACGCUGCAGAUAGCAAAAACAUAAGCACUAAAUACUAAACUGGAGUGAAUAAUUAAUAUUCUCUGACUGAGAAAAGACCAAAUAUUGUCAGAAUAUUUAGUUAUUGAAUUUCUCAAGUAAUGUAGGGGUCGCUUUUAUUAAAUAACGUAGUCUUUAUGGGUUAUUUCUCUUAUUGCAAGAGUUGUUUCCCCUUCCCAUGUGAUUAUUAAAUGUUUUCUAGUGAUGCACAAUGGAAAAUUUUUGUUCCCUAAUACUGUUCUACUAUUUCAUUUCUUUCUACAUUCCAUACCUCCUAGUAAUAACUUCUCUCUAAGGCUGUCCUAAAAUAUAUACAAAUUAACAUUUUCUGUACAGUUUGUAAUCUUCAAGGAAAGAAUUUUACUUUGGCUAAAAAAACAUCUUCCUCUGACACGAAUACAAUCCUUUUAGCUUCUCUUUCAUUUUUUCCUGCAUAUAUACCUAUAUUUUAGUGCAAGAAAAUAUUACUUAUUCCAGGUAUAAUGCAAUAGGCCAUGAACUAGUAUAAAUGAUUUUUUAGUUUGACUUUAUUUAAAGGUUCAGACUUAUGAAUGGAUAUUGCUGUUUGUGUAGGAAUUCUGCUUCAUAUAUUAUUGGUGGGGUCCCAAAACUCCCCCAUAUGUAAAGCCUGUUCAACAAAUAUUUAACUGGUUGUUUCUGUUCAGACUUUAUAAUUCAUAAAGGAAUUUGUAAAUUAGAAUUUGGGUUGUAUAUGCCUUUCCCAAAUUAUGAUUCUAUCUACAACAUUUAUAUAUAUUAUCGGCAUUUUAUAAAGCUUUAUGAUUUUUUCUACCAUGUUCAUCUUUUUCACCCUAUCUAAAUAAAUAGUCUCUGAGAUUUACAUUCCUUGGAUCUUUAGUUCAUUUCUACCGUCAUGUCUGAGGCCAUUCAACAACUCUACCAUCUCUUAUGUCAUAAUAAUCCAUUUGUGUAACACACAGAUAGAGCUAGUGGCAUUUAAAUUCUGGCAAGUAAGAAUAUUGUGUAUCUAUGGUUCUUAGACUCUGCAUUUUUCCUAGCACUGCAUGCAAUAAGAUUAAGGUUAUUAUUAUUAUUGCUUUACAUUCUGAGUUGAAAUUCCACCGAGGUUGACUUUGCCUUUCAUCUUUCAUGGUUGAUGAAAAAAGUACCAGUCAAUCACUGGGGUCAAUGUAAUCAACUUAACCUCCCACACAAUUUCAGGCUUUGUGCUUAUAGUAGAAAGGAUUAUUAUUUUUAUAUAAAUUGGUAGAUAUGUAUGCCCGUGUGUGUGUGUGUCUUGAUAGAUAGAUAGAAAUAUUCUAAUGUGGAUUUUCAAAUGUAUGAUGUUGAAAAUUCAUUUGGACAAAUGCACAAGGGUAAAACAGAUGUUGGUAUGUUUCUUGACAAAAAUCAUGCACUAUGUUUGUCACAAAAUUAUAAAAUAAAAUCAGGACUUAGUUAUCAUUUGAGGGCCCAUGAUAGAAAAGCUAUCAAACCUGCUGCAGGGAUAUUUUUGAAUUAAGAGAGUGGUUAUUAUCAAAAAACAAGUUGAUGGCUACUA